GGAGGAAUUUUCAAAAAAAAUUGUGCGAAAAUAUUUUUUUAAUUCUGCCACUAAAUAUUUACUAAUUUUAUUUUUUAAUGUAUUUUAUGCAUCCAUGUUUAUUUUAUUUCUUGGCCGGAAGUCGGUCCGCCGCAUUAACGUUCCCGCAGGAACAAGGAAAUUGAAACGGUUAGCAGCGGUUGCUGUUGAACAAGCUCCACCUCUGCAGGUGGAUGUGACCGGUUUUACAUUGGGAAAGAGGGUCCAGUCUGUCCAGAUUUUGUUCCAGAAAACAUGGGGCUACUGUCUGACCCAAACAGAAGACGGGCUCUGAUCAGCCUGCUAACCCGCCUCAAUGCCCCAAUCUGUGUGGUCUGCUACAUGGCGGGUGUAGCCUGGUUUAUGGGGCUGGCAUUUGAGCCGUUCACUCUGCGGACAUACAUGUCAGAAAAUGCCAUGGGGUCCACCAUGGUGGAGGAGCGCUUCCCAGCGGGGGAGAGGGCGCUGGCCACGGGCAGAGAGUUUGCAGCUCAUAAGAAGAAAGCAGGUGGGAUGCCAGUGGACUGGCUGGUGAAGACCAUGCAGGCUCGAGGGCUGGAGGUGUUUACCCAGAGGUUCUCUCGAACGCUGCCCUUCCCUGAUGAAAACAAAGAGAGAUAUAUGGUAGUAGGCACAAAUGUAUAUGGGAUCCUUCGGGCCCCAAGAGCUCCGCGCACUGAAGCCCUGGUGCUGAGUGCCCCGUGCUCCCCAGGCGAUAACAACAACCAGGCAGUGGGGCUGCUACUCGGCUUGGCACAGUACUUCAGGAGUCAGGUUUACUGGGCCAAGGACAUCAUCUUCCUCGUGAAUGAGCAUGAUCUGAUUGGUAUGCAGGCUUGGCUGGAGGGCUACCACCACACCAACACUACAGGUAUGGACUGGUCGCCACUUCAAGGCCGCGGUGGUUCAAUCCAGGCAGCUCUGUCCCUGGAGCUCAGCAGUGAUGUCAUCACAAGUUUGGAUUUAGUACUGGAAGGCCUCAAUGGCCAACUCCCCAACCUUGAUUUAGCCAACCUCUUCUAUGCCUUCUGUCAGAAGAUUGGAGUCCUUUGCACCACCCAGGGCAAGCUGCAGAGGAACGACUGGGACAGUGUGUCCGGUUAUAGCCAUGCAGUCCAGACCAUGAUGCUGAUGGUGCUGAAGCAGGCCAGUGGGCGACCCUGGGGGGAUCAUGGCCUUUUCCUGCGAUACCACAUUGAGGCUGCCACCAUCAAGGGCAUCAACAGUUUCCGUCAGUACAAGACUGACGCCACCACCAUUGGCAGACUCCUGGAGGGAAUGUACCGUAAGCUGAAUAACCUCUUAGAGCGCCUACACCAGUCCUACUUCUUCUACCUUAUGCCGUCUCUCUCGCACUUUGUCUCCAUUGGUUACUACAUGCCAGCCUUCGGCCUCCUCGCCGUCAUCCUGCUGCUUCGUGCCUUAGACCUGUGGGUUCAACUUGCGACGCCGCCACCAAGAACGGAAGAUGGAAUUGUUGACCUUGAGCAGAUGUCCAGUCCAGGGGUGCUGUCGGUGUUGACUCCUCUGGUGAUCAGCCAUCUGACUGGAGUAGCUCUGUACAGCCUGCCCAUUCGCUUUCAGGAGAUGGCUGUGGAACACUUCCCGGUGUCUGAGACCGAGGCCGUGGUCCUGACAGCUAUUGCUGUUUACACAGCAGGCCUGGCUCUGCCUCACAAUACACACAGGUUCCUGUCAGGUGAGGGGACGGAGCAGGGCUGGAAAGUGCUGAAGCUGGUUGCUGUGCUGUACCUGGCUGUGUUGCUGGGUUGCACCGCCCUCAUCAACUUCUCCCUGGGCUUCAUCCUGGCUCUCACUCUGGUGCCUGUGGCUGCCUUCGUCACACCCCACGUACCAAAGAUCUUAUCAGCCUUCGUCAUGGUCGUCCUCAGCCCAGCCUGCACGCUCCUCUUUUCUGUCUUUUUCUUCGAAGAGCUGCAGGAAAUGCCCAUCAGCUUCAUGGAGGGUUGGUUGCUCUACCUGUCAGUCAUCUCGCAAGGCAUCCUGGACCACUUCCUGUACGGCUCUCUGGUUUACCCACUCAUAGCUUUGCUGGUCUAUCCUUGCUGGCUGCUUUUCUGGAACAUCCUAUUCUGGAAGUAAAUGUCAAGUCAUGCAGGACUAAUGAAGGCCGCAAUGGGGAGAAAAAAAACCGCUGAGGUGUUCUCAGGUUUGUGGGAAAUGUGAAUGAUGGUUAAAUCCACUGGAGAGAUUGGAAAAAGAGAUAAGUAUCUAUGGUUGACUUGGAAAGAAUGCAGUAACUCCCUUUCUGGACAUUUUGUUGGUACUUCACUUUUAAAACAGUGGAGAAAAAUCAAGCCUCCUUGAUACACUAAGCAGAAUGGACUGUUUUGUACUGAACAUCUCACCUACAAAUGAAGUGGAAGAAGGGACGACCUUUUCACAAGUAGCCAUAAAUGUCAUGAUUCGGUUGCUUUUGGUAAAUAUUUUGUUUCAAAGAUUUCUUUGUGAAUUUCUGUUUGCGGUACAUAAAGAAAAUGACUGCACUGUUUUUAGCUCUUUGUGUUGUCAGCCUGGAUGGUAACAGAUGAAGAGACGGCCGUACCAACAUGGUUCGAACUAACAGAAAGGAAGACACUACCUGGUUGGUCGGUCGUCUGCCUCAUCUGCAUCUGUUGAGCAAGCUGUUAUUGCAUCUAAUAUUUUUAUACUUGUUUGACAACUUUCUUUUUAAACAUGUUUAUUUCAUAUUUAUAAAUGCCAAAUUAAAAGAUUGAAAAAGUU